AUGACCGACCAAAAUGCGAUGAGUAAAUCUGCGUUGAAGAAUUCUCUGUUCUUCGUUGGUCUCGGUAUAAUUCAAGGCACAGCGGCGUUCAUUUGUAUCUCACUUUAUGGAACCGCGGGUGAACGACUCACAAUGAAAUUGCGAAUGUCGGUAUUUCGGAGUCUGUUGCGUCAGGAUCUUGCAUAUUUUGAUGAUUCCAGGCAUUCUGCAGCAAAGAUGACCACUCGUUUGGCCACGGAUGCGCCGAAUGUUAAAUCUGUAAGUGGCUGCCGCUAA